AUGCUUGGCGCCGGCACAUGGUUUGUGGCGUUUGCCGUGCCCACCGUGGCCGUCGGGGGCUUCAUCGCCUCACGCAAGCGGCUGGCGUACCAGUGGCGCGAGGAGCUCAUGGACCCAACUGGGAACAUUUACCCUCCACUCACAGAAUCCGAGAUGGAGUUUUUUUGUCGCGUAUCGCCACCUUCUCGGGCCGAAAAAAAAGGUGAGCCCUUGUCUGUGCAUGAAAACAUAGGCCUGCAUGUUUCCCCAGAUGCGUUUUCGGGGGAGGAGAGUCAAGUAUUGCUUGACGAGGUCGUGCGAUGGGCCUCGUUGUUUGGGCAAAAGGUUGACCCCAGGAAGCUUGCGACGCUCGAAGACCGGGCGAAGACGGAGGCAGUAGACAUGAGUUUCUACCGUGACGUCACCAUCAUUUCUGAUCACGCGGAGGACAUUCAGUUGAUGAAGGCGCCGUGGGGAACAGGGGACGGCAUCAGGUACGACUUGAUGCCGGCGUCACUGCGCUACAUGGUGGAUAAGACGCAGCGCACAUUUAAAGGCGUUGGUCGUCUCCGUCACGUGUAUGUGGAAUAUUCACCGAGUGGUAAGUUAUACCACGGCCCACAGGCGACAAAGGGUUUUGAUGGGCACGAUUACGUCGUCAUUCCUCUGCGGCGCGACGAGAAGGCCGCCGUCGUCACAUUUUCCCCGCUGUUGCGCUCCAAAGUCUCUUUGUUCCGGGAGGUGGUCGAAGGCUCCUGGACAGCGCGCGACAUUGACGCCAUUGUUCCUCCAGGCGGUGCCCUGCGCGUGUAUGGAGCCGCGCGCUACGAGUGGGGAUGGUGCAUUCGUCCACACAACGUUUGGUACGGUCACAGAGAUAACUCCGUGUCGAAGCUAUCGAGGUCAGCCGCAUCUCACGGCGUUGUGGCGUCUCUCACGCGUCGUCUGUUUCACGCGCAAGCUAAGCAGCCGGAGGGUCGAGAGGCGGCGCUGGUGUUGCUUCACUUUGAGGGGCCACGCGACGCACGAAAGAAGCGAUCGCUGCUGCUUCAGCCGGAGCGUCUCAUCUUUGGCCGCCCACCAAAGCCGGAGUCUUUCGAACGCUGGGUCGAGAAGCGGCCCACACAAGACGUAGUUCGAGAGGAAGGCGUUUUUCUCUUCAUGCUGAAGAAUUACCUGGAGAUGUUGAGAGUGAGUUGA